AUGGCUCAAAGCACGUUCUUAUGCACUCACGACGACCGGCAUUAUGAGAACGUCGUUGCACUCGCUCUCCAUUCCUUUGAUCCAUAUCCCAGCCCCUACCCACCCCUCAUCCUCCUCCUCACCCGCCUCGUCCCCAUUCUCCUCACCCCCUCACCCUCUCUCUCACCCUCUUCGUUCUCACUCUCCCCACUCCCCUCACACUCUCACCCUGCUCUUCCCACUUCUUUCGCACUCUCCCUCCAGACAUGCUCUCUCUUGUCGCACGUGGAUCGCAGCCUCUCGUUCAUGGACCACAGCGUCGAGCACCGAUUCGACUACCGGCAGCGUGCAGUGAAUCUGGACAGGGAGCUCUUCCUUUCCCAAUUCCCCACCCUCCUCCACACACACUACCACCCACACUCUCCCUUCCUCCCUCUGCCCACCAGCUACCGGCAGCGUGCAGUGAAUCUGGACAGGGCACUCUUCCUUUCCCAAUUCCCCACCCUCCUCCACACACACUACCACCCACACUCUCCCUUCCUCCCUCUGCCCUCCAGCUACCGGCAGCGUGCAGUGAAUCUGGACAGGGCGCUCUUCCUUUCCCAAUUCCCCACCCUCCUCCACACACACUACCACCCACACUCUCCCUUCCUCCCUCUGCCCUCCAGCUACCGGCAGCGUGCAGUGAAUCUGGACAGGGCGCUCUUCCUUUCCCAAUUCCCCACCCUCCUCCACACACACUACCACCCACACUCUCCCUUCCUCCCUCUGCCCUCCAGCUACCGCCAGCGUGCAGUGAAUCUGGACAGGGCGCUAUUCCAGGCGCACAGAGGGCACAAGCUCAUGCGGGACGUGCGACCUGCUGCCAUUCGCUUCCAUGUUUUCAUGGGUUGCAACGAUCAAGGCAUCGCGCCCCUUCCUGCGCUACAUCCUAUGGGAGCCCACCGCUUGAGCCCCCGCUCCACACCCCCUCCCCCCCCCUCCCUCCCACAGGAGCCCACCACUCGUUCCUCAUCCAGCUGCAACUGGAUCAAGGCCUCUCGUCCCUUCCUGCGCUACGUCCUAUGGGAGCCCGCCAGCUGGCCACGCCGCAUCCUCAUGUACAUGGCUGACGUCAUCGACUCAGACGAGCACUACUUCAGCACCGUCGCCUGCCCCGCGCCCCGCUUCAACCACUCCCUCCUCAACGCUAGUCUCCAUUUCGCUACCUUCGCCAAGGGCAGCCCAAGCCAAUCGCCCCGCUUCCACCGCUCCCUCGUCAACGCCAGUCUGCACAUCGCCACUUUCGCCAAGGGCAGCCCGCUGUCUCUCGAGAUGAACGAUUCCUCUUAUGAUUCCGUCACCACUGGAGUUCUGAGUCGAUCCCUUCCCUCUCUUCCCCUCCCUGCACCCCCUGUAUCCCCCGACUCCCCCAUCCCCCCCACUCCCUCAAGAACGACUCGUUUUAAGAUGCCUUCACCAAUGAAGUUCAGAGUCAACCCUUUCGAUGAGGCCUUCACAAGUGGUGUCUUCCUAUUUGCCAAGAAGUUUCCUCGCGGCUCACCGACUCUGGAUAGGAUUGACAGGGAGCUUCCAACCCUCUUUAUCCCUCCUCUGCCUUACGUAACCCCAUUCUUCCCAUCCGUCCAUACCCUCGUCUUCCCUCACCCAUCUUCCCUUCACCCCAUCUCACCUCUUCCCAUCCUUCCAUACCCCCAUCCCCCCUCACCCACCUUCCCUAUUUCCAUCCUUCUUUACACCCAUCUUCCUGUUUCCGUUUCCCCACCCUUCCUCUUCGCACCCCCCUCCUGUGCUCGCAGGGAGCUACUGCAACGGCAGCCUGACAGCAUCACCCCUGACGCCUGGUGCUCUCUCCCUGCCUUCGCUGCCUCGGUUUCCCUCCCUUCUCAUCCCUCUUACCAUCCUCCUGUAACCCCACACUCCCUCUUCCCAUUAUCCCCAUCCCAUGCUCGCAGGGAGCUACUGCAGCGGCAGCCCGACAGCAUCACGCCAGUCACCUGGUGCUCUCUCCCUGCCUUCAGUGAUGCAUCGUCUCCCACAUCCCACUCAUCCUCCCCUAUACCCGUCCUCCAUGCUCCCCGCCCAUCCUCCCGUUCUUGCUUGCAGGGAGCUACUGCAGCGACAGCCUGA